UGAUAACUCUCCAAAAUGGCUGCUGAGGUGCAGCUCUUUCCUCAGACAUCACACUGUCCUCCUUCUUCUUCUCCUUUCAGAGAGCAGAGCGGAGUCAGCCCUGGGAGGUUUGUAAGAACCCCCCCCCCCCUCCCCGUGCAACUUUAUGGGAACUCAGGCACAAUCGCAGUAUUAAGCACUGUAGUUCUACGUUUCUACGAUACACAGUUAAUUUGUUUGGACACCCUAUCUGGAAUUGGCAAAAUGCCAGGGACUUGUUGGGUCAAGGACUGCUUUUACUCGCCUGGUCGUACCCACAAUGGCCACGAAAUAAAAUUGCAUUCCUUUCCGAACUGUCGGGAAAGAGUUGUGGAAUGGUUGUUACAGUUAAUCCCUGCGGGGAACGAAGUAAAUGCUCUUGCCGAAGACAUUCUUACAAUGAAGCGAAGAAAAUACAAUAAGUAUAGACUUUGUUCAUUACAUUUCACAGAGGACAGUUUCAUUGUCAAUGUCUGUGGACGGGUACUUCGUCCGAAAGCAAUCCCGACCAUAUUCCCAAAUUUUCUAGAUUCUGACCGAAAAGUUGCAGAGGAUUUAACUAAAGCCAAAGCGUUCAAGAGAAAACGACUUGAUGAUCUUAGUGCGCCAGAGGCUUCUAAAAAAGCUUUGAUCCCUGAAUCAUCCAUAAAAACAGAGUCAAGUGGGCAAACGGAAUCUGUUUCCUCCCCGGAAAUUCAACAUUUUCCAGAGAUUGUUGAAAGUCCUAGGUCAAAGUUCACAGAUGUUUCAAUUCAGACCGAUUGUGACCUAACAAAUUCCAUGGUUAUUAUUCGCGACCCAAAAGUGUUCCUAAUGAAGUUUGUCGAUUACAGCACCUUUUUCAAAACCGAGUAGUCAAUCAUCAUAUUUAUGUGAACAUGUUGAUACCGAUGUCAAUUAUACGUUGUUGAUUUAAAUCCGAUAUUAAAGUGGUUUACUACAGAUAGUGGGGUUUUGGUAAUGGUUAGCAAACAAUAAUUGGACUUUUAAUUUCCUAGGUGGAUGGGAGAAGUAUUGUCAGCCAACUCAGUUUGCAAAGGGUUGUUAGGACAAGUGAUAUUUGAGACUAAACCCACAGGACG